UAUUAUUUGAAUCAUUUUGAGACACUGCGGGGCUUGAUAAUCGCCAUCUUUGUUCGGGGCAAAGAUGCCGAAAAGUUGUUCUGCAUUUCAUUGCACCAAUAGGUACAAUAACAAAAACCCAGAGAUCACGUUCCACAGGUUUCCUUUCAGUAAACCAUCAAUUCUGAAACAAUGGUUAGAUAACAUUGGACGUGACGACUUUCAGCCGAAGAAGCACAUGGUCAUCUGUUCACUACAUUUCACUCAAGAUUGUUUCAGUGGUUUGGGUAACCGCAAAAAUCUGCUGUGGAACGCUGUGCCAACCCUCUUUACAAUCCCACGUCAGGAUGCAAAGCAAAAGAAUUCUAGGAAGAAGCCGAAAAGAUCUUCUAAAUCUGCUGCUGAUAAAUGGGAUGAAAUUGCACCUGUGAGGAACAUUCCUGAGACUGAGGAUGCUCAAAGUGAGAUGCAUAAAGAGCAUGUCCAGCCACUCUCUCACAGUACUGAAGAGGUUAAUUGUCAAACGACAAAGGAUUUGGCAAUCGUAGACCACACAUAUGCACUUUUGGACGAAUGCACAACCAAAGCCCGUCUGUUUGAUGUUUUAGAAAUCAGCAGAUGGCUACAGAGAAGGUUACAGUCCAAAUGCAAAGUAAUAAAAAGAAUGAAGCUCAAACUGCAAGCUACACAAAGAGAGCUUCUGAUUUUGCGCCAUCAGCGCGGAUGUAGCCAUAUACAUCGCCAUAGACUCUCACAUCUGCAAAUACAGAGAGGCAGUAAUGCCAAGACCUAGUUAAGUAGUAAUAAAGACCUUUGGUUGCACAAACAUUUUAGCUUUUGAUCCUGAAAAAUAUAUCACUGUUCAACAAAUACAUUUCCUCAACAGGGUAGAGUUGCUGUGCGAGAGGACUUGUGCAACAUUUUCUGUCCAAAAAGCAAUUUUUAGUAGACUAUAAUUAUACAUUUAAAUAUAUAAUUAUGCUGUUUUCUAAAUAAAAUCUAUGUAACUGUAAUGUUCGCCACUGAAACACAUUUUCAUUGUACCUUGAGGUUUUAUUUUAAAAUGAGUCUAUACUUGCUGCAAGUGGUAGGCCAUUAGUCAGAUUAUAAAACAAACACCUUUCAACAAUACCAUUACUCCAGCUAACAAUUAUAGAUUGCCCUUUUAACAUCGCAAUGGCAAGUGUGAAGCAUGGACAUAUUUCAUUUUAAUUAUUGUCACUCAGAAAUGAAACAAUUCUCUUUAAACAAAGAUGCUGUACACACAGACCUUCCAAUAAAAUAUUACUAGUUAAACAUUACCGCAAUUAAUUUUCUUGCAUAAAGAUCCCAAAAUACCAAAAAGGCAAUUUAAAUCAACCAAAAGACUAUA